UCCGGUGCGGUAUGAGAAAUACAGGUUGUGUGUGUUUGAUAUUUCUCUUUCUCUCGCGGUGUUCAUUAAGAUAUUCGCCGUUUUCUGUGUUAAAACAGUACCUGGAAACAAUGUCAAGACUAGGAUUUGUCUCUUCCAAGUGUUUUACAUUGGCAAGGCAACCCUUGUUCUCCACUGUCAAGAGAACAUUUUUAUCAGAAGCUUAUCAAUGUAGAGAUGCAUGGGAGAAGAGGUUAGAAUCGCCCAUUCUCAAGAAAGUAAAUGUUACAACUUUGUACCAAGAAAUCGAUUUGCAGUAUUCGGAAACUGGCUCUGUAAGUUCUCUCGAUGCUGAUAUUUUCAUUAAUGCCAAUACCAAAGAUGGUUUCAUGGAAGAUAUAGAAGAUGUACUUAUAAAACUCCGACGCUGCCCAGACACCUCGAACACUUUCCCUUCAACACAUCAUGGUGCUAUUCGACUCCUGCUUGAUGCUGGUAAAACAGAAAAGAUUCUUCACACCAUCAGUGAUAGAUUAAAGUUUGGUGUAUUCCCAGAUUACUACUGUCUCAAUCUGCUCAUGGACACGUUUCUGAAGCAGGGGAAGUUUGCCGCUGCAGCAAGAGUAGGAGUAACACAAAUGAUUCAAGAAGAUUGGUCGAAUCAAUUGACAAAUUGUUUGUCCAUGUACUCCUGCCAUAUGUUUUUAAGAAAUCAGGAUCAAGUGUGGUAUUCUGAUGAAGAAAAGACCCUGAUGACCCCAGCGCCUGAACCCAAGGAUGUCGUCAAAAUACGAAUUAAAUUUAUCCGAAAUCCAUACUUUGAUGAUCAUUUUGAUCUUCAAGAUCCAUUGGUAUUGGUAGGAAAAACUCUUUGGAUGUUUUGUCCAAAGAUAAAUGGGAGUGAGCAGCUGACAACAUCCUACAAGCUAUUAGGUUUGACACUGCACCAGAAAUGGGAUCAAGUCAUGGAUCUGGCCAAGAAGCUGGCAGAUUCAAAGAAGCCUAUUCACAGAGAAGCCAUUGAUAUUGCAAGAAAAUCUCUUGAGCCAAAGCCUCAACCUGAAGAGUCUGCAACUGAGGCCAGUAAAUCAGCCAAGCCUGCUAAACCUGAUCCUGCAAAGGAGGCUAAAGAAGCAGCCUUGAAAGCGGAACUGGAGGUGAAGCAGAAAGUUUCUGAUGUACUUGGAGGGCUAGAAGCAUCAGCUAUCAGUGAAGACAUGUUAGCUGAGGUGUCAUCACUUGUCAAGGAAGCUGUGAAGCUCCAAGAAAGCAAAUUAAUCGAGGAGCAAAAAGAGCUAUACACUUCUUGGGAUAAAGAACGGGUUCUAGCUUUAAGAAAACACCAGGAAGAAGUCAUGAAGGAAGAAGCUCUCAGACGCAUUGAUCAGCAGAAACUGGAACUUGUGGAAAAAGAGAGAGAAAUCUUCUUCUUUGAUAAUCAAGAUAAGCUGGAUUUGAUGAUCGAGAAAAAUGAAGAGAUAUUCAAAGAAAUUGAAGAAAAAGAGAAAUUUACUAAGGAAAUUCAAGCAGCUAAAGAUGCAGAGUAUAUUCCACCAGAUGUUAAGAAAAAGUUUCAACAAUAAUGUAUGCUUUCUGUUAUGUUUCUCAAGUCAUUUAUUAUAAGCAAACACGAAACUCUUUAAA